AUGAUAAGAACUAUUUUAAAUUUAAUUAUCUUAAUUAUUAUUAAUAAUUUAUUAUCUAUUUCUGAUGAAUAUAAAUUUCAAGAAAAUUCACUGAUUGAUGGAAAUAAUAUUUAUCAAAAAGAUGAUAAUUUAUUAAUUGUUAAAAGAGAUAAAAAAAAAAGUAAUAAGAACACGAAAUCAAGUUCAAAAUCAAAAGAAAAGAAGAAAACUAAGACUACUACUACGAUUAGUACUACUACUUUUGAAAUUACUACCGUAAAUGCUACUAUUUUUGAUAUUGAUACAAUGAAUGAUACUAUCUUUGAUGAAAAUAUAUUGAAUUCUACUACUUUUGAGCCUACUACAAUGAAUAGUAAUGCAAUGAAUACUACAUUUGAUACUAAAACUAUUGAUAUUACUUUGUUUCAGACUCCAGAAAUUUUUACUACUACUAUUGAUUCAACCAAUUUAAAUACUACCGAUUAUUCUAAUAAUUAUUAUCAAACUAAUAAUGCAUAUGAGUACAAUGACAACAGUCAAAAUAAUAAUAUGUAUUAUAAUCAAGAAGAAAAUCCAAUUUAUAAUUCGAAUUCAAGUGGUUAUCAAGCAGAUGGCAACUAUUAUGAUAACAGUCAAGAAAAUAAUUACAAUGACACUGACACUGACACUGAUACCACUAUAAAUAUUUCUAGUACCAAAAAACCUCCGAAAGAUAAAUCUAAAAAUAGGGGAAAAGAUAAAGAUAAAUCUAGUAAGAAUAAAAAAAAAAAAGAUAAUUCCAGUGAGCAUGAUAGCAAUAAUAAUAAUGAUGAUUAUUAUACAGAAGAUAAUUUAAAUCCUACAACUACACCAGCUUACUACUAUGAUGACUCAAACACGGAACCAAAUCUUCAAAAUGAUCAAUAUAACUAUUAUGAUGAUUAUCCAAAAUCAAAUUCUAAUUAUGAUCCUAAUACUUAUUAUGAUGAAAAAAAGAAUGAAGAUGAAGAUGAAGAUAAUGAACAGACUGAUGAUUAUUUUUAUGAUAAUGGUGAAAAUAGUAGUGAGAAAAUGGAAGACAAUUACAUGCAUUACAGUUACGAAACCAGUAAAGAAGAAACAACUUUCUUUGAAAAGUUUUGUGAUAUAAUGGAAGUUAUUUGUGAAAAAUAUGGUUUCAAAAAAGCACACGUUAUUCUUACAGUCACUUUUAUUGGCAGUAUGUUUAAAAGAAUGUUUGGUUAA